AUGCGCGCGGCCAACCGUGCAUUGGCAAAGCAGGAGAAGAAUAUGAAAAAACGACGUGCCCGCCUGAUGCAGGCUGCCCGGCAACUCAGCCGUGACGACCUGUUGCUCCUGGUGCACCAAGCCGGAGCAGGAGGUGCGAAUGAUGUGGAGGAGGCUGAUGCCAUUUCAUCUGAGAGUGAUCGCGGCGAAGACUUCUCGGAGUUGAACAAGCGCAUUGACGCUGCUAGCAAGAAAUACAAGAGGGCCAAAGCUGCGGCUGUGCCGCGGCCUGCUCCUGUGGUGUCUCGGUGCAGGCCUGACAAUUCUGUUUGUGUAAUGGUUUACAUCUUGGCAGGGCGCUUGGCUGGAGUUGCAGCCGAUUUUGUUCUGGGUCGUGGGUGGGGGCACAGGUGGCAGAGGAGAGGCCGGCGCAGGUUUGAGCAAUGCAGCGACAGAAAACAUUUGUUAGCAGACGUUGAGGAGGCUUACGCGCAAGCGCCUGUGUCGGCUGUGGCUGCGUUGGCAAAAGACCCGUUCAGUCAUUUUGAAUUUGAUGAAUUGUUGUGUGCUCACAAGUACGUGAUGGAACACCGGCUGGCGGCCUGGAUUGCUGUCCAAAACGUAGAGCAUUCUGUUGCGCCAUCUCGGGAACAAGUGCUAGCGCAGAUCCCAAUGCACAUUGCUGAGGAAGCCCCUCCGAAAAUUCGAAAAUGUUUGUGCAGCUUGGCCUCUGGUGCUCCAAGGAAGCAGCGGAAGUGGUUGGCCAGGUUUCGAAGGCGAUGGGGCUGUAGCUUUGGUGUUCUACGACCGCAAGAUUAUGUACCAGUGGAGGAGCGAAGAUCUAAGGUCCUUGCGGAGGAGUUGAAUGACUUGAAGCAACGACGGGCCGCGAUGCGCGCGGCCAACCGUGCAUUGGCAAAGCAGGAGAAGAAUAUGAAAAAACGACGUGCCCGCCUGAUGCAGGCUGCCCGGCAACUCAGCCGUGACGACCUGUUGCUCCUGGUGCACCAAGCCGGAGCAGGAG